CCGACUUUAAUGUUUCUGAUCAAGAGACAGUAUUCCAUGUCUUUUUUGAAUAGCAUAAGGCGAUAUGGCCUUCCAAAAGCUCUGCAUAACCAUGCAAGUAAAAUUACUUUUUCCACAACUACGCUACGUUCGAAAUCCUUGUACGUUACAACCCCGAUUUUUUAUGUCAAUGCCAGUCCACACUUGGGUCAUUUAUACUCCAUGCUACUUUCUGAUACUAGAGUAAGAUGGGAAAAGCUAAAUCCUAAAAACAGAGCCUUUCUUUUAACUGGAACUGACGAGCACGGACUUAAAAUUCAAGAAGUAGCAGCUAAACAAGGAAUUGAAUGUCAAGAAUUGGUUGAUCUGGUAUCACAGAACUUUAAAGUAUUAGCAGAAAAAAUGAAUAUAAAAUACGAUAGAUUUAUUCGAACGACCGACGGUGAUCAUAUUGCAGCAGUGAAGUACUUUUGGGAAAUCAUGGAAUCAAAAAAUUUAAUCUAUCAAGGAUCUCAUAGUGGAUGGUAUUCUAUCAGUGACGAGACUUUCUAUCCAGAAAACCAAAUUGAAUCGAUAACUGAUGCAAGCACUGGCAGAGAAAAAAAAAUUUCAAAAGAGACUAAAAACGAAGUAAAGUACCAAGAAGAGACUAAUUAUUUUUUCCGAUUAUCAAAAUUUCAAGGUGACUUAAUUCAGUUUUUGGAAAACAAUCCUAAUUUCAUUAAGCCACAGAAUAAGUAUAAUGAGUUAUUGAAGGAGUUAAAGGAGUCCAAGUUGACUGAUCUUUCAGUUUCUAGGCCAUCGUCCAGAUUGAACUGGGGGAUUGAGGUUCCAAAUGACCCAUCGCAAAAGAUAUACGUUUGGUUUGAUGCAUUAAUGAAUUAUCUUACUGCUGCCGGAUUUCCUUGUGAGUUUGAAUUACAAAAUGGUCUAUAUAAUACCCCCGAAAAGAACUUAUGGCCAGCAACCCAUGUGAUAGGUAAGGAUAUCAUUAGAUUUCAUUGUAUAUAUUGGCCAAUAUUUUUGAUGGCAGCUGGAAUCGAAUUACCAAAACAAGUGAUUGUUCAUUCGCAUUGGCUUUCUGAUGGAUUCAAAAUGAGUAAGAGUUUGGGGAAUGUGGUCGACCCCAUGUCAACCAAUCUGUAUUACGGACAAGAUGCAUUAAGAUUUUUCUUAAUGGAGAAUUCAAAUAUUGAAACUGAUUGUAACUAUAGCGAAAAGAAUUUUUUCCAUACUAGAGAAAACCUAAUUGGCAAAUAUGCAAACUUGAUUACAAGAUGUGGAGGUGCAUCUUUUAACAUAAGGGAAGCGGUUGAUAAUUACUAUCAAGGGAAAUUCAAUGACAUUAACCAAUUACUUAAAACCCACUUACUCAAUCAAGAAGAACUAGAAGCGAUUCUCGAUGUGAAAAGUGAAUUAGUCCAAGAUUUGAAUGGCUUAUAUGAAUCAAUGAAUGGGAAGUUUAGUUCAUUUGAUCAAAUGAAAGCCAUUCAGGAUUGGUGGUCAGUGAAUGAAAAGGCCAACCUCUUAUUUCAGCUUGGCCAACCUUGGAUCUAUAAAAAAGCAAUUAACAACGAGUCUUCAGAAGAAAAGAAACAUGCUUACGAGAUAAUCAGAAGCUUUUAUGUUUUCAUGGCUGCAGAAACCGGAAGAAUUGCGUCCAUACUCAUUUAUCCAGUCAUGCCAGAAUUAUCAACCCGAUUCUUAGACCGUUUAGCGGUGGAUGCCGCCAAACGCAAUUCCGAUUACUGUACUAUCGGCAGUGAUCCUACGUACGGAACAAAUGCCAACUCAAAGCUGCAUAAAGUCCCAAUAGAAAGAGUCCCCAUGAGAGGUGACUAAUGUAAAUAGACAGACUACUAAAGUAAAUACUACCAACUUAUAUAUAAUUUAAUAAAUACAACCAACUUAUAUAUAAUUUAAUAAAUAC